AUGACCGCUAAAUUCGUUCCGCGCGCCGUGUUCCCUCAAUAUGACUCGAUUCCGCGCUCAUACUUCCUGGGCCAUCACAAGGCUGGUCUAGAGAAAAUGAAGAGUAUGAUAUCGAGUAUAGAUUAUAUCAUCGAAUGUCGGGAUUUCCGGGUACCGAUUACUUCCAUCAAUCCCAUGUUUGAGGAGGCACUGGGGGAUAAACAACGUCUCAUUGUAUAUACGAAAAGAGAUCUAGGAGGAGCGGCCGAUGCUGUGACACGAAAAAAUAAAGAAUUAAUGCGCAAGCUCGACCCCAAAACUACCGUCUUUUUCACGACGUCUACUUCCGCGGACUCUGUCAGUACUGUUCUGAGACAUUUGAAAUCGGAUAAAUCAACCGCCCACCGAAUAGCAGCUUGUCGAGCAAUGGUUGUCGGAAUGCCAAACAUUGGGAAAUCAUCUUUGAUUAAUACCCUGAGGAAUCAGGGCGUCCAUAAAGCCAAAGCGCUCAAAACUGGCGAGCAUCCAGGUGUAACGCGCAAGAUUGGUACUCCCGUCAAGGUGGUAGAAAGAGAGGACGGAUCAUCAAUAUAUGUUCUGGAUACACCCGGAGUGUUUGUCCCCUACAUGCCCGACGCUGAGAGGAUGCUGAAACUUGCUCUUUGCGGCUGCGUCAAAGACACGAUUAUUCCUCCUGUCACGUUGGCAGACUAUCUUCUGUACCAAAUCAACUUACAUGAUCCAAAAGUUUAUGAAAAGUGGUCUGAGCCUACAAACGAAGUUAUGCCGCUGCUUACGCAAUUCGCUCACCAAGUGGGUUUGCUCUCCAAAGGUGCUAUUCCUAACAUAGAACAAGCCGCCAUCAAUAUUGUGCAGAAGUGGCGGUCGGGGGAAUUAGGGAAGUUUGUUCUAGAUGAUGUCAAGGAAGAAUUGACGGCACGAAAGGAGGGAACUCUGAAGGAAUUUGGUCCUAGUCGGACGCAACGACUCAAGGCUAUCACGCUUGAAAGGAAACAGAAACAGCAGGAGCGGAUAGAAACUUCGAAAAGCUCCACUGCGAUGAAAAUAAUAAGCAGCUCAGAGAGAAGAUAG